AUGGAAUGGGGGUAUAGAUGCAAAAUGGUAACGUUCUGCUUCACCCUCACUCUGAAGUCAAUCGAAUUGAUAUUUCUAGAAAGUGCACUUAGUGCACUUGUGUGUGACUGCAUGCAUGACAAACAUGACUUCUGGCUGCAAAGCAGGUUCGUACAUUGUCGGGGGAACGCCGAAACGCCGAUUUCAGUACGUUUGUGUGAUUUCAUAGCCAUGGGUUCCGAUUCUGAUGAAGUCCAAGAAGUUCCACUUACAGUUGGAUUCCACCGCCCAGCAUUCGAUCUGCACAGACUGCUGUCUGGCAGAGAUGUUUCAACACCAGAACAUCGGCCUACACCGUCCGCACCAGCAUCUGCGGGUGCUGCUGGGGAUCCAGCUGCUUCUGAUGCAGCUCCAUUCAAUCCUCUGACAAGUCGACCAGGAGUUCUCCGGCAUGCCCUACCUCCUCGGGUUGGGGCUUCUGAUGAUAGCUCCAACGAGAAAAAAGCUCCCAAACGCAAAGCCAAAGCUAAGUCCGGCAAAUCCAAGAAGCAAAAGGAUGAAGAACCUGACAAUGAGUUUGAACCUCUUGGGGGACAUGACUCGGAUGACCAUGAUAGUGAUCCUGAUAGUCAGGGCAGUGGAGGGAACGAUGAUGGCUUGGAUAGUUCAAGACCUGCCCCGAAUCCCCGAAAGCGUCCUGCGUGCAACAGUGCCAAGAAGAAGCCGUCCACCAAGCCUCGCAAGCAUGGCGACUUCAUCACCAGCGAGGACAAGGAUCAGCCUACUCAUCCUACUCCGUUUGGGUUCGAGAUUGCAUUGCAACACAACAGCGGCGACGUUCAGAGUGGAAAUACUAUGAUGAACAUUCUCGAGUUCCCGGAGAACCAGCUUGGAUUAGAGAUUUCUCCUUGGAACAAGGCUUACGCUUACGAAGGACUGGAGAAGCACCGCCCGGAGGAUGUCACCAAUCCAAUCCCCGAGCUAUCCAUUGAAGAUCCCACCAGCAUUUCCAGUCUGGCUCGAGAUCUCUUUCCUGAGAUAGGAGAAAAUAUGGAGUUUCCUGAUGUUGGAAAGUUUGCCGGAGACCUCAAGGCUUUCUCAGAACAUGCGGAGCAAAGCUUGGAUGCUGCUGCCACUGCUCAUUCCUGUGGGUUGGUUUCAUCGGAAGCUGUGGCCAUGACGAUUGGAUCUAUCAACAAUGCCCUUGUGGCAAUACAGAACCACAUGGACACCCACAGCUACAGCUUCACUCCAAAGGAAGAGGAAGCCUAUCAGGCUGCUUUGGCAAUUGAGGCAGCAGCUGCACCCUUGGGCGGAGACCUUGCAAAUGGGCCUGGAGAUGAUCGACAUGAGCAUGCUUGUAACAUCCCUGAGAACCCAGCAGGGGAUGAAUCUGAGCCUAUGGUAGUUCAAGAAGUUGCAGCACCAAACUCGCAAGAACAACCGCACGAACAAGAUCAAACAGUUGUUUCUUCUGACAAUGACUCGGCCAUUACACCAACGCAACCAGAUGAAGACACACCGGACUCCAGUCCAGCGCAGCCAAAGCAGCAUGCUGAGCUUACAGCAGCACCCAAUGCAUCGGGCAGAGUCGCAUCAACAUCGGCGCACUCGGCCAUGGCCAAGGCCAAGCCAACCCCCAAGGCCAAAACAAAGGCCAAAGCCAAAGCAGCACCAAAACAUGCAACAGCAAAGCACAAGUCCUCCUCCUCCAAACCUACGGAGGCAGCUGAGGACUAUAGCAAUGACACUAUUUUGAAGAAGAAGUUGCACUCAGUCUACUCUGUCGCAUGGAAGCUCACAGAUGGCACUGGUGAGGAGAAGAGGAACAAAGCAAUGGAGGCCCGCAAGAAGCACUCAGACUGUGUCUCUACACUUGGCUGCCGGAUACAGGACUGCCGCGCAUGCCGAUUUGCAGCGCUCCAUGUGGAGCACCCAGCGGGGUGCCAGACUUAUGUGCUUCGAGCCUUCGACGCGCUGAAGGCUUCCCUGCAGGCUGGCGACAAGGGCACGGCGACCAUGGAUCAUUUGGUGGAGCUCUUCUACGCGAAGUUCGCCACGGAUGUGGCUCGCUGGCAGGAGUCGGACCAGCGAGUUCCGCUCCGGGAGAUCUUGGAGGGCAGCGCCUCGUCCCGACGCCUGGCCGCCGGCGACUUCACCUACGUGGAGCUCUUCGACAUGUGCCUCGCAGAGUUCGACAAACGGGACGUGCCAAGGCGGGAGUUCCGGACCUUCCUGGGCGAGCUACCGGCGGUCCCGUUCUCGGCCUUCCGUGCGCUGGAAGCACAGUGUCAGCUACCAGGAGCGCGGAAGAUGGCACUUCUCACGAUCUUGGCCUUGAUCGAAGGGAAGCCUGCGUGUCGCUGGCGCGGCUUAAACCUUCUCCUGAAGCUGGCCUUUUCCGCGGGAGAGGACGUCGUGCGCUUCGACACCAUCCGAUUGAUCAUCAACAAGAUCUACGCAGCGCCAAGCGCUCCCAUGCGCUGGCAGCUUCCACAUCUCUCAGAUGCUGAAGCUCAUCGUCUCCUCCCGCCCGAGGAUGCCAAUGGAACAGCCUGGGAGCUGGUGGAUCCGGACUUCCUGCCGAUCGACAGGUUGCGCGGUCGCUGCAUCGAAGACCUGGCAACUCUCAUGCUACGUUCCGCAGCGAGCGCCAAGAGCUCCUUCCGCCACGCCAUUGGCAUCCCCCUGCGGCUGGAGCAGCUCCGUGCAGAUCUCUUCAAAGGUGCGAUUUGCGCUCCAAAGGAUCGUGUGUGGCUCUACGGCGCUCUGUGCAUCAAAAGGCCCAUCUUGCUCCAUGGCCUCGUCGAGACCUUUCACCAGUGCGACGAGGAGAUGAAGGAGCAUCUCAUCAAUUCCAUUGAGGAGGCGGUGAAGUACAUCCCGGUGACCGAACAGGAGCUUCUGGUGCUGGUGCAGAAGGCCUCGCGGCAAACAGAGGCCUUGAUCCUCAAAGUGCUGAACAUCUUGAUGAGCAGCCGAGGGAACGAGCCCUUGCAGCCGGGCUUUGGAGAAGCCGUCUUGAAGCUCUACAAGGAGAGCCAUGAUCCGCGCUUGUUGGUGCCGGUCUUCGAUCUGCUGGACCGCAACAGCCUCCUGGACUAUCUUCCGGCUGUCUUGCAGCUGGAACAGGACAAGGUGGCGGACGCCUUCCGUUUGAUCGUCGGGUCCCGUGCGCCGCCCAUCAGUGUGACUGAGCUGCUGAUGGAGUUGCACCACGUGAACAGCGGUGAGAACAUCGUGCCGAUCAAAGCCUCGAUGCAAGCCCUCAACAUCAUCUUUUCCAUGCGGGAGAAGUUUGAUGCGAAGGUCUAUGGCAUUGUGAUUCAGUCGCUGGUGGAAGAACCAGGGCCACUACCAACGCUCUUCAUGCGAACAGUGAUACAAGUGGUCAAAGAGCUCCCUCGACUGUCGGACUUCAUUGUCAUGGAGAUUCUUCCCAGACUCGUUCGACAAGAAGUUUGGGGAGAUGAGAACAUGUGGCGUGGCUUCAUGAUUGUGCUCCAACACACAUUUGCGAGCCAGCCAAGUGGUGCAGCCAGAGUUCUGGCUAUGCUACCCAUGUCACAGUUGGAGGAUGUGCUGGUACAGCACCCAGACUGGAAGGCUCAACUGCGUGAGUAUGUGGCCAGACAAGCACCUGGCACGAUCAUGCCACAUGUGAAGCAACUCUUGGAGUAG